AUGGCGAAAUUAUUCAUAAAGCAAGCAGAGCAAUACGCAGCAGGCCGACCCAAUUACCCGAUCAAACUCUUCGACUUCAUCGCAUCAAAAACACGGUGCCACGACCUUGCCUGGGACGUUGGUACGGGAAGUGGUCAGGCCACACAAUCGCUUGCACGAGUCUACAAGAACGUGAUUGCUACCGACACUAGCUCCAAGCAACUUGAGUUUGCUGCAAAGCUUCCCAACGUCCGUUACGAGCUAACUCCACCGGUUAUGUCGCUGUCCGAGAUCGAACAGCUAGUUGCGCCUGAAUCAUCGGUCGAUUUAGUCACCGUCGCUCAAGCCCUUCACUGGUUCGAACUCUCGACCUUUUACAGAAACGUGAAACAUGUGCUCAAGAAACCCAACGGUGUAAUCGCCGCCUGGUGCUACACCAACCCGGAGGUUAACGCCACCGUAGACGAGGUUUUCCGGCGGUUUUACGAGGAGAGACUUGGACCGUAUUGGGAUCAAGCUAGACGUCUUGUGGAGGAUGGGUACAGAGGAAUUAAGUUUCCUUUCGAGAAGAUCAUGGAUGAUGAGUCAACGGAAAGUCAAAGUUUUCCGGUUAGGUUUGUGUCGGAGAAAGAAAUGGUGUUUGAAGAGUUUAUGACGUAUUUGAGGUCUUCUUCGGCGUAUCAAACGGCUCAAGAGAAGGGUGUGGAGCUUUUGACCGCGGAGAUGGAAGGAGAGUUUGCUCGUUCGUGGAAAGAAGAUGGUAACGAGAAGAAAGUUAUUAGGUUUCCGAUCUAUUUGUUGAUCGGUAAAGUCGGAGACUGUGUUUGA